AUGGCGACGUCGCAGGCUGAGAAAGUGACGGAGUUCCUCACUUGUGUGAUCUGCCAGGAACUGUACACAGACCCCUGUACACUGAGAUGUGAUCACACAUUCUGCAGGAAAUGUGUCACAGGAUACAUCCAAACAAGACCAGAUGCUAUACAGUCCAAAGCGAUCCCCUGUGCCUUCUGUCGACAAGAUACCAAGGUCCCCAGCCCCAGCAGGCCUGUGGAGGAGUGGGCAGGGCAGAUCAAACCCAGCAUCAUUAUACAGGGGCUGAUUGACACACAAGCUGACGUUGUCAAAACAGGUUCCGUUUCAUGUUGCUCUGUGUGUGAGAAGUUAGGGGAGACAACUCCGGGAGCCUCAUGGUGUUCCAUUUGUAAAGUGUCUCUCUGCGAGAGAUGUGUCAAGAUGCAUCGUGCAAAUCCUGCAUCACAUGGCCAUGAGAUCUGUGACCUUUCCGGGAAGGUGAAGGUGAAGAGGAGGCGCAAGAUCAUGUGCAGGGAACACAAGGAUGAAGUUGUAAAGCUUGUCUGUGAAGACUGCCACAAAGCUGUGUGUCAGACAUGUUGUGUUAUUUACCAUAGGAAAUGUGAGUCUGUCGUUACCUUAGAGUCAAUCUUGCCAACCAUGACCCACAAUUUGAGAGAGAAGGCUAAUGUAUUGUCAAAGAAUAUACACAGGAAACAAACAAUUGUUCAGAAUACAAACAAGAAGAUUAGCGGAAUUGAGAAAAAUAAAGUAGCAGCAGAAAGUCACAUCAAAUCUGUUGUUGAGAGAGUCAUCGCCAACAUCAAGCAGAAAAAAAAACAACUGAUAAAUAAAGUCAGGGAUAUUUCAGACAAACAAACUAUGCAACUUAAAGCAGUUGUUAAAUCUGAAGAGAUUGAGAUGCAGAUGUCCAAACAACAUUGUGAGUUCAUUGACCAGGCCUUGGUAUCGGACUGUGAGAUGGACCUGUAUGAUGCGUAUCAGGCCUGGGAGUCGAGGGUUGUGGAGUUGGGGGAUUUCAGGGACACAGACACAGUAGACAAACAGGAAAUAGAUGGCAUCAGGUUUAUGCCUGACAUACACAAUAUUCAGUACAUCUUGAAUGAGCUUCAGUUGGGGAAGAUUGACGUCACACGCCAGGAUCAAAGUACAUGUCUGCCGUCUCCAGUGCGGGUGGACAUGAUAGAUGGAAGGAUGGCGAGUGAUGAGGGGAAACCGGAUCUACAGGACAUCACAGUUCUAUUUGUAGACGGUAUACAAACAAUUGUAGUCAGUGACAUGGGGAACAAUUCAUUGAAAUCUUUCUACACCAGAAAAAAGAAGCCAUGUCAUAGUAAACUCCCCCUGGGUGAACUGCUAUGUUGUGUAACAAGGUUGAAGGAGAACCAGGUGCUGGUUUCUGUUGCUGCGUCCCGUGAGAUUGUCACAGUUGAAGUGACCCCAGACCUGAAGCUUCUCUCGACCAUAACAACAAGCAAAACGUACAUAAGUCUCGCUGUUCUGGGUCCUUCAUCUCUCGCAGCAGGUACUGAUGACUGUGUCGAUAUCCUGGACAUGGCGGGAUACGUGCUGAGGUCAGUCACCACACACAACAAGGAUGCAUUGUUUGCUAUGUCCUACAACAUGUGUGUCAACAACAAGGGCAACAUACUCGUGUCUGACUGUGAGAAGAAGUCUGUGACAUGUGUGACGCCAGAGGGGGGUGUUGUGUGGAGAUACGCCCCUACCGGAGACAGAGCUCUCAGUAUGCCUGCUGGUAUCACAACUACCAGCACAGGAGACAUCCUGCUUGCAGACAUGAAAGCCAAGAAGAUGAUACAGCUGACAGAUUCAGCGGAGUAUGUCGGAGAUGUUGCCACGUCACAGGCCGCACAUUGUGUUUUUUGCGCGAUACAUGUAGAUAGGCAUGACACACUGUAUGUGUGUGGUGAAAGUCAGAUACGCAAAAUCAAGUUCAUGUAGUCACAUCAAUGAUUGAAUUCAUCGGUAUAGCUUGGUUAAAACAAAUGAUUUCAAUUUGGAAGACAUGUUGUUUUUUUGUUGUAGGAUGAUCAAAUACACAAGAAAACCGAUCCUUCGAAAUGUCAUGUCUUAAGUCGAUUACUUCAUCAUAAAAUAACACUGUCAAUAACAAACAUGAUGGGCAGUUAAGGUAGUUAGUUCAGAAUGUUGCAAUCAAUGUGAUCAGUUCUUCAGACUUUAUUGUGAUGGAGUUGAUCCUGACCAACAGGUACAAUACUAUACCUGAAAAAUAUGAGGGGAAAAACACAGUUACACAUUUGUGUAAUUUUCUUGACAUUUGGUUUGUACUUAGAUACAUUUAUAAAUAAUGGCUAUAUUGUGUUUAUGCCCAGUACAUGUUUCAUUGUAUACAGGUACUAUAUAUAUGUCACAAUAUGUGAUUGCUUUUAAAUAAGAAACUCUGUUUUUAUUUAAAGGUGAGACUGCAUAGGAAAUGUGCCCAAUAUUCAUAUCUUAAUACUGUUGUUCAUACAAUGUAUAAAUUAGUUUGAAGACUUAGUUUGACUUGAAUGUGCUGUGCAUUUCUUGAUAUUUCGUUAGAAUGCUUACCCUUGUUCACAUUUUUUUAUUAUUUACCUACUUCUUGAAUAGUAUUUCAUCGUUCUUUGCACCGAAUAAGAAAUCGAAUGUAUUCUGCAUCACAACAUCGAGUAUACUAUUGUGAUGAAUAUGUGCACCAUCUUCUCUUUUCGAAAUAACUAAUAACAUUUUCCACAAUUGGAUAAAAUGUCAGUUCCAUGACAUGAAGAAAUCAAGUCGUGUUCUAGUCCUUCAUAAACACACCAGUUGUUUUGCGAACAUCCUUCCACAUAUUCGGACUUUGAAGCUAUUUUAAAAAAAAAAAAUUCCUAUUUUACUUGCAUAUUAUGAACAAA